AUGUUUUGUCUGGACAACGAGGCUUUCCGUUUCUUGAUUGCGGCCAAGCAAGGCAUUAAAUUUCCUGAAAAACACCUCAAAGUGUACAGAGAGAGCUGGAAAGAAUCGCAAUCAGCGACGAGGCGAUUGUUCAAUCAACAAAAGCAGGUAUCAAAAGAAGUCGAUGAUCCACCUCAACCGCCCAGUUUAUGUUAUUUCUACAGAAAGAAGCAAUGGUUACGA